CAGCUUAUCGUGUGUUGCCCUUCAACAUGAUGGCUGCACGGUUUUUCUCAGGGGCUUCCCUCUUUGCUCUGCUGAUUGUGGACAUUUGCUGCUUUCCUCAUCAGAAAGGCUCUGAUCCGGGUGCUUCUUAUGGCAGGGGUUACCCAAACGCUGCUCCUACUUUUGACUCGUACAAGGGAGCUCCUUCUGGGCAGUAUUCACCUGCAGCUGUUCUGCCUAACAAUGCUCCUUCUAAAGGAGUCUUCACACCAUCUUAUCAGGCUGACCCGCAGCCUACUGCUCAAAGAGGACCAGAACCAUCUGUUGGCUCCAGUUUUUCUUCUGGACCUGUGUCAGGAUACAGUGACUCUUCAGUGAGGAGAAACCCUGCGAGCCCUUCACAAAAGGGAGCUGCUUUUCAACCUGGCCUGCAAGAAAUCAACUGGGCUGUUGCUCCACCCAGUCCCUUCUCUCCAGAUGAGGGCAUUUCAUCUGGCACUCAUGGCGUUGUAUCCAGUCUACCUCAGCAAAUGAGUCCACCUCUCCCACCGCCUGGACCAAUGUACCAGGCAGGAGAGCUUUCCCAUUUUGAGAAUAGCUUUGAGCGUGCUAACUCUGAGAGGGAAACCGAGGAAACGGGUUUGUAUCCUCCUCCUCCUCCACUACCGCCAUACGUUGCGCAAGAGUCUGCUGGACAAGGCUUCAUCUACCAACCUCAGCCAAACUCCUACAUCAGUGGAAGAUGGGACUAUUACCCUUACUAUGACUUCAUGUUCCUGACCGGCCAGUAUCCUCCAGGCACAGUCAGUCACUUCAGCAGCAGCUACGAGCAGGGGAGAGACUACUGGCAAGAUGGUCACUAUGUGAGGGACUACGCUCCCUACAACUCCGCUCCUGAGCAGCAGAUGGAAACCUUUACCGGUGACUUUGCAGCCCCCCAGAGCUCUAUGGAUCCUAAUCCUGUGAUGGCUGGUUAUGGACAUGGUGGUGAACAGGCUGGACCUGCUGCUUCCCGUGGAGUCUUUAGGCAGCCAUUUCCCAGCCAAGGUGGCGGCCCCAACUCGGGCAAGGUUUUAAACUGAGUGCUUGACCCUGGAGCAUGAACAAAGAUUUCUGAAUACAAUAAAUUAUUUUGAAAAAUCUGAA